GGCAAGCCCCCCCCCCCUGUUUCUGUGAGACUCUCCCUGUUGCUGGAGCCUGGUUCUCACGCCUGUUAUCAGCUGUUGGAUACAGCACAGCUGAGGGGGCUGGGGACUCCCUGAAGCUGGGGAGCUGAUAGCCCUUCCUCCCCUCUAGGACCAGCCACGGCUGACUCUGGUCUGGGCUGUCUGCCCCUCUCCUACCUGCUCUCUCCUUCGAACCUCAUAACUCUGGGAGGCUCACAGUGAGUUGCUCGCACAGCCCAGCCCAGCCAAGCGCCGAGGUUUUUCUGGGCUCGGCCUCCAGUUUGGGAAGGCGUUCACCAUAGUUUACUUGGGGUCGCCCCUGAGGAGAUGUCUUCCCAUCUCUGGACUGCCUUUUACCCAGCUGUGAAAUGGGAACAGUUUCCUUAGUGCUCCAGCUUCUCUGCUCCAAUCUUGUCCCUGCCACGAGGUUCUGUGUUCAUGUCUUUGUUAGCUGGAGUUCCACGUCUCCAUCUGCCCCAUCUCCCCUAACUCCAGCUAAGAGCCGGAGCCGCCCCCGCGCGCCCGCUCACCCCGCCAGCCGGACCCCAGAGACCUGCGCGUCCCAUGUCCCCAGCUCGGCCAGCUGUCUCCAGCCAGGCCACCGCCGCCACCGCCGCCGCCGUGCCAGCCUCCCGGCUCCAGUCCCCCUGAUCUCCCAGGGAGCUUCUAGGACCUCAGAGACAAAAGUAGAGAUGGAAGAGACCUUUGUGGUGGAGAGCCCAGAUGUCACCUAUGGGCCUGACUUCAUCCAGGCCCACUACACGUACCAGACAACCCGUGUCAGCCAGGAUGGAGGCCGUAUUAAGGUGCGCCCCAUUUCCACCCAUUUCACGUUUCGUACUGAGCGGAGAGUGCCCCGACUGGGGGUCAUGCUAGUGGGCUGGGGUGGAAACAACGGCUCCACGGUAACCGCAGCUGUGUUGGCCAACCAGCUUAAUCUCUCCUGGAUGACCAAGACUGGUAAGAAGGAAGCCAACUAUUAUGGUUCCCUUCUUCAAGCUGCCACAGUGAGCCUGGGCAGUGAUGACCAUGGCAGAGACGUCCACGUCCCCUUCCGUGCCCUGCUGCCCAUGGUCUCGCCCAAUGACAUCGUCUUCGAUGGCUGGGACAUCUCUUCCCUGAACCUGGCAGAGGGCCAUGCAGCGGCACAGGUGCUGGAUUGGCACUGCAGGAACAGCUGCGGCCACAAUAUGGAAACACUGCGGCCCCGGCCCUCCGUCUACAUCCCCAAGUUCAUUGCAGCCAAUCAGGAGAGUCGAGCAGACAACCUCAUUCCCGGCUCUCGAGCCCAGCAGCUGGAGCAGAUCCGCAGGGACAUCCGUGAGUUCCGGGCCAGCAGUGGGGUGGACAAGGUCAUCGUCUUGUGGACGGCCAACACCGAGUGCUUCUGUGAUGUGGUUCCUGGGCUCAAUGACACAGCUGAAAACCUGCUUCAGGCCAUUGAGCGGAACCUGGAGGUGUCUCCUUCUACCCUGUUUGCAGUAGCCAGCAUUCUGGAAGGCUGUGCCUACCUCAAUGGUGCUCCCCAGAACACCUUUGUGCCAGGUGCAAUAGAGCUAGCCAUGCAGAGACGGGUCUUUAUUGGAGGAGAUGAUUUCAAGUCUGGCCAAACUAAGAUCAAAUCUGUGCUUGUAGACUUCCUCAUUAGUGCUGGCUUGAAGACUGUGUCUAUUGUUAGCUACAACCACCUGGGCAACAAUGAUGGCCGGAACUUGUCAGCUCCAAAGCAGUUCCACUCUAAGGAGGUCUCUAAGAGCAACGUUGUCGAUGACAUGGUGCAGAGCAACCCGCUGCUGUACGGGCCUGGGGAGGAGCCCGACCACUGUGUUGUGAUCAAAUACGUCCCUUAUGUGGGGGACAGUAAGCGGGCUCUGGAUGAGUACACAUCAGAGAUCAUGCUUGGGGGAACCAACACCAUCGUCCUACAUAACACGUGUGAGGACUCUCUCCUGGCCAGCCCCAUCAUCCUGGACUUAGUGAUCCUCACUGAACUCUGCCAGCGCAUCACCUUCUGCACUGACAGCGACCCCCACUUCCAGAGCUUCCACUCGGUCCUGUCCAUUCUUAGUUUCCUCUGCAAGGCCCCGAUGGUGCCCCCGGGCACCCCCGUGGUCAAUGCCCUCUUCCGGCAGAGAAGCUGCAUCGAGAACAUUCUGAGGGCAUGUGUGGGUCUUGCACCCCAGAACCACAUGUUGCUGGAGCACAAGAUGGAACGUGUGAGCAGUGAGUUUCGACGUGAGGGUGCUGAAACCCCCACUUGCCCUGUGCCCAGGAAGAAGGGAGUGGCAGCUUCUUCCCCCAAUGGUUAUGUGGCUGGCACCAAUGGGCAUGCGCAUGCUAGUAUCCAGCAUGCCCCUGCCACCUAGCAACCUUGGCAUCUCCACCAAUGAUUCCUGCCAGUCUCACCCCUUACCACGAUGCCCCCCCCCAGGCUGUUAAUCCAGCCUCUCCGAUCACAAUAAAUCUGGCAGCAGAAUGGCAUCUA